ACCGGAGCGCUCCGAACGACAGGUGAGUCCGUUGGUGGAGGUAGGGGAGUCACGGUUUCUAGAAAGGGAGAAUGAAGGAAGAGAUAAUGACAGAGAGAAAAAGGGAGAGACAGAGAAAGCGAGCGAGCGCUUUGGUGGAACAGUGAAGAAGUUAGAUACGGGACGAGGGACUACGGAGAUUCACGAGCGCAGUCGGACGUUAGAGGGGAGAGGCAACGAGGUAGGGAUAAACACGCCGGCGCCUCAGUAUUGCGGUGUCUGUCGAGGUGCUCGUUUCGCGACGCGAUACUUUGUUCGCGCAACAAAAGCUCGGUUACGCUUGUACGGUUGCUCGCGUACAAAGAAGUUCGCGCGACGAUCAGAAAGAGAGAACGUUCUUUGCUCGCUCGCGAUUUUGCGUCGCUUCCUACGACGAGCAAAAGGCUGGCCAAUCGCGCGCGCAGCGGAAGUCGACCGCGACCAUUUCUCUAUCUUUCUCGCUCUCUCGCGUUCGACGAUUAAAGCGUCGAGACACGACGGCGUUACCAGCUGUGACGCGGUCGAAGCACAAGUGUAUAAGUAUACAUAUAUAUACGUGCCGUGUUCUUUCGGUUUUGUAUCUUCUUGUUUUGUGCGCGGCUUCGAGUUUUGCUCUCGCGCUUCUCGAUUCUACUAUCUGUGUGUAUUACCUACCUACCUACCUACCUACCCUACCACCGGUGUUUUCUCUCUCUCCCGAGACUCCCCGUUAGCGCGAGAGUGAACAAAGGGAGACACAGCGCGUACGGAGAGGAGACAGACCAACAGCGGGACAAGAGAGACAGAGAAGUUGAUAGAAAGAGAGGACGAGAGAGGGACACUGAGAGGGCCACAUACAUCGAGACGUCGUAUCGAUCGAGAGCUCGAGUCCCGCUUCACAUCACGGACUUCUCGGAAAUUAGUCUGCUCCAUCGGACUUGUCGGUAGGCAUGCAAGGGUGCGAAACGCAUUGUUCGCCAGUUACAAGGCGAUGAGACUCCUGAAUGGAGUCAGAAGAAGCCUCAGAGCCCCCUGGGGCUCCCAUCGACGUUCCAUUGACAGAGCAGCACAGGCGGGUCAAUCUUGUUACUGCACUUAAACCGAUCUGAACCAAGUUCGUCUUGCCGUUUGCACAUCCAGAUUUUCAUUUUCGAUCGCGAUACCGAGAAGAGAACAACACGAAACAUUGAGAACACAAGAUAUAGAUUAGAUACUGAGAAAGAACAGGUUCUCAGGUAAAUCACGAAUAUAUAAAUACCGAUAUAGUGAAACCCAUGCCAAAGAUCUACUUGUUACGUCAAUACGUAUCUACGAUUUACGCGAAAAAAUCUCGAUAAGAACGAAACCGCAAACUUUCCGCGAAAAACCUGAGAGAAAGACUCGAGAUCAAAGAAAACAAAAAGCAGAGAACGAUACAACGUCAGGUUUUCGAGAUGGCAGCGCCGGUGAUCGAGAAAAAGCGCUUCUUCUGUCGGGAAUGGGCUUUUAUGAAACUGUCGCAUUGCCUGGAGCAGCGGCCGCAAUCGAAAACGUGCGGUGCUCUGAUCGUGGGUGGACCAGGAAGCGGCAAGACAGCACUAUGCGCCGAAUUGGCUUGGCCGUCGAACGGCUCUUCCGCGCGGCAUCAGCGAUCUCUGAAUCGCCGUCUGCUGGCCCGACAUUUCUGCCAAGCUCGAAGCGAGGCUUCGCUGUCGCCCGCUCAAUUCGUGCGAUCUCUGGUCGCCCAGUUGCUUCAGGCCAGCUCGGACGGAAUUCAUCAUCAUCAUCAUCAUCAUCACCAUCAUCGUACGACGUCUAUACCAAUCUCACCGACAUCGUCCGCAACCACACCGGCAGCGAUCACCACCGCAACAACGACAGGGUCGACGACGAUUACUACGACGACGACAGCAACGACAACGACGACGACAAUUCCGACGGCAACACCAACUGUGACACCACCUCUCAUGUCCAGAGAAGCCGUCGCGGAAGCCUAUGCCGAGAAGCUGCGAACCGAUCCGGAGAUACAGGCGGCGUUGCAGCCGGACGUUCUCGAUCGAGAUCCGGAUGACGCCUUGAAAAAGGCUCUUCUGUUUCCGUUGUUGGAAGUGGAGCCGCCAAAGAACUGUCUCUUCCUGCUGGUCGAUUCAAUCGACGAGGGUCAGACGCUGAAUCCACCGCAGACCGGCACCAGGGAUUCCCGAAGAGAGAAUGACAACGUCAGUCGCACGAUUGCUGAAUUGCUAGCUAAUCACCACCAUCUGUUCCCACAAUGGCUUUUGUUAGUUUGUACUGCACGUCGACAAAGUAAGACCAUCUCGCGCAUGUUCACUGGCUUUCGCAAGAUCUCGCUCGACGACUUGAGAAAGUCCCAGGUCGUCAGGGACGUUCAGCAGUAUAUACUCGCGCGUCUAGAUCAAGAAGAUGCGCUCAGGCAGCACAUCUCGCGCGACACUGCCGAGAUGCUGAACCAGCUGCAUAUAAAGAGCAACGGUUGCUUUCUGUAUCUGGAGAAAGUUCUCGACGGCGUAGCGGAGAAUUUUAUUGUUUUGCGCGAGGUGCGCGAGAUCCCGGGAACAUUGAACGGCCUGUAUCUCUGGCUCUGCCAGCGACUCUUCAGCAGGAAGCAAUUCAGCAAGGUGCAGCCGCUUCUCAACGUCAUACUCGCCGCCAAAUUGCCCAUCACUCAAGAAAUUCUGUACGAGAGCGUCAAGACCGCCUGCGUCGGCAUUACCGUGGAGGACUUUAAUCGCCGGCUUCAUCUGCUGCGCCGAGUGAUAUCGGUCUCGCGUGCUGGAGCUUUGAUGCUCUUUCAUCACAGCUUCGCCGAAUGGUUGCUGGAUGUGAAACACUGUACGCAAAAGUAUCUCUGUUCGGCCACCGAGGGCCACGCCAUGCUCGCGGCUUACUACACUCUCCGCGGUCCCGAGCUCAAUCCCGACGAGAUCUGCGUGCUGGCCCAACACCUGCAACGCGCGAUAACGAACGUACCGCCUAACGUCGCUCUGGACGUUCACACACUUCAAGUGCUCUGGAUGAUAGGUAGCAACGCGGCCAUCGAAGGUUGUUACUUGGACAGCUCUGAAUGCAUUCUCUGGCCCCGGCAGGAUGUCAAGCUUCUCAGACUGUUGAUCGACGCUGGUGCUAAACCCUCCGAGAAGAUCGCCGAUGACGACGCCAGCAAAGAUGCCGUUUCUUCUAGUCAGGUUUCGCAAGAUAUAAGUCCUAUUGACGAGUCUCCGAGUGAACCACUAACAGAACUCCUCGGUGAAAGCGGAGAUAUCAAUCAAACAGAUUCUUACGGACGAACGGUGUUACACACCUUAGCUGCCGACGGCAAUGCAUCUUUACUAGAAUUGGCGCUUGCAGCUUGUCCUCAAGCGAAAUUGGAAGCGGUUGAUCGAAAUGGACAAACGCCGCUGAAUUUGGCUGCUAGGCACGGUUACGCGGAUGUAGUGCGUGUGCUUUUAGCUGCCGGCGCACGAGCGGAUCACGCGGACUGCGAUGGAUGGACUGCUCUUAGAGCUGCUGCCUGGGGAGGUCAUACUCAGGUGGUUGAAGAACUUUUGAAACACGGAGCGAUGGUAGAUUGCGCAGAUUGGGAUCAACGAACCGCGCUGCGAGCAGCCGCGUGGGGCGGCCACGAAGAUAUUGUCAAAGCUCUCUUAAAACACGGCGCGGACGUUAACAGAACGGACGACGAAGGUAGAACCGCUUUAAUCGCGGCGGCAUACAUGGGACAUAGCGAGAUCGUGGAACAUCUUCUGGAUUAUGGAGCUGAAAUCGAUCAUGCCGACAGCGACGGGAGAACAGCGCUCAGCGUCGCCGCACUUUGCGUCCCUGCUAAUCACGGAUAUGCAAAAGUUGUUACGAUACUUUUAGAGCGAGGUGCUACAGUCGAUCAUCAAGACAAGGACGGCAUGACUCCGUUGUUAGUCGCUGCGUUCGAAGGUCACCGAGAUGUUUGUGAUUUGCUUCUGGAAUACGACGCUGACAUGGAUCAUUGCGACGCUACCGGAAGAACGCCUUUGUGGGCAGCAGCAAGCAUGGGACACGGAUCAGUCGUGAAGCUUUUGCUUUAUUGGGGUUGCUGCGUCGAUACUAUAGACAACGAAGGUAGAACCGUUCUCAGUGUCGCUGCUGCCCAGGGCGGUACGGACGUAGUGAAGCAAUUACUCGCUAGAGGCCUAGAUGAGCAACACAGAGACAAUUCAGGGUGGACUCCUUUACACUACGCAGCGUUUGAGGGUCACAUUGACGUUUGUGAAGCGUUAUUAGAGGCUGGUGCAAAGAUUGACGAGACGGACAAUGACGGGAAGAGCGCUCUCAUGCUUGCUGCGCAAGAAGGACACACAUCGUUAGUAGAAAGGUUGUUGAAACAACACAAUGCACCUAUAGAUCAGCAUGCUCACGAUGGUAAAACCGCUUUAAGACUCGCAGCUCUGGAAGGACAUUACGAUACCGUAAAGAUAUUGUUAUCUCACAACGCUGAUGUAAAUGCUAAAGAUGCCGAUGGAAGAAGCACUCUUUACAUACUCGCAUUAGAAAAUAGAUUAGCUAUGGCGAGGUUUCUGUUGGAACAUGCAAACGCGGACGUAGAAAGUAGAGAUUCUGAAGGUAGAACAUCGCUACACGUGAGCGCUUGGCAAGGACACGUGGAAAUGGUAGCCCUGUUGUUAACGGAGGGUGGAGCCAGCGUAAACGCUUGCGACAACGAAAACAGAACGCCACUUCAUUCCGCCGCUUGGCAAGGACACGCCGCAAUUGUUAGACUGCUCCUGGAACACGGUGCCACUCCCGAUCACACUUGCAAUCAAGGUGCAACGGCUCUAGGUAUCGCCGCACAGGAAGGACACGAACACUGUGUCCGGGCACUUUUGAAUCACGGAGCCGAUCCGAAUCAUUCCGAUCAUUGCGGACGUAACGCGAUCAAGGUAGCCGCUAAAAGUGGCCAUGACACAGUUGUCAGAUUGCUGGAAGAGCAUUCUGCCAAUCAACGCAGUUUACGACCCGGAAUUAAUGGAGGCGGUAGCAGUAGUGCUACUUCUGUAACAUCGAAUUCGACGGCUGAGACUAAACCUUCAUCGGCAAUCUUGAAUCCCUUGUCAACACAAUACAGUCCAGCAGAAUCACCAGACUCGACCAAACGACGCAGUUGCGUCUCUUUAGGCAACAAUUCCAGCAACAGCAAAUCGAGCAGUAAUUUAACCGGUAGCACAAAAAGCGAUCAGGGAAAAUUCAAUCAGAAUUCAGUGGUUAACUGUCAGGUAAUAAAAGCACCAUUAUCUUUCACGCAACAACUACAACAAUGUUCAAGAGGAGCAAAGAGUCGGCCGCUCAGCAAAUUGUUGUCACCUCUGAAAAGCGAACCGCAGAGUCCGAUAUACGCAUCACCUCCGCACUCUCCGUUAAGCGACAGUCUCAUUCCUUACUCACCCACGAAUACAAGUCCACCUAGUGCUCAAACGGCCGUUAACGUGAUACAAAGUCAACUGGGCGUGUCGUUAAUGACGGGAAAUACGAAUAUUUCGUACACAAAAACGCAAAUAGGAGGAUACAAUCACACACCAGUUAUUUACGAGCCGAUCAAUAUCAAAACCGAGAUUAUCGACAGAAAUAACAUUGGCAAACCGUUUGACUUGACGAACGAAAUGUUGGGUUUGAGCAUUGGGAAAGAUAAGGAGAACGGGCACGAGGAGAAACGCAAUUCAGCCGAUACUCAUUUCACACGCGACACUCAUAUGAGAAUAAUAUUAGGAAAUAGUGGUGCUGGCGUUGGUAGAAGCGUCAAGCAUACUUCAGAUUACACGCCUGGAAGACUUUGCAGAAAUCACAAUGGUCGUAUAAGGAAGACACACCGCUUCAUGAGCGAUAGGCUUUCCUUCCUUUUUCAACCCUCUCGAGUGAAAAAAGAUAGAAUAUAUAGUCAAGGAGGACACGCGACAAUUGCAGGUAAUAUAAAACCAAAGCGUAAUGGCUUGGUGUCUAAUCCAGCCAUGAGAUUAGUAGCAGGCGUUAGAAAUGGAAUUGAAAAUGCCACGAAUAGAAAUAAGCCUAUCACAACGCGCGUAAACGGAUUCCAAUGGAAGGCGGAAGCUCGCAAGGAAACACCUUUGUAGGGACAGGCUAUACAUUAUGGAUUACCUCGGCGACGAGUAGCAAACUCUUCUCGUGAAUGGCGAUCUGUCACCAAGAAAAAGCGGAAGUCAAUAAAAACAUUUUUCUCGGUUUAUUUGAGCAAAAUCAAAUUACCUCAAAUAAAAAGAAAGAAACAGAAGAAAGAAGAUUAAAUAAAUAUUCUCUGAUAACGUGUUGAAAGCAGAAAUCGCGUAUAAACAAAACCAAAUAUUAAUUUGCAUAGGGAAGUAUGUAGACGUAGAUAUGUAAACUUGGAAAAAACAUGACUUUGUAUAAAUAUAAUGAAGUUAUUUACUGAUCUCACACUGAUGUAGUACAUUAUACACGCACAUCUACACAUAGCAUAUUCGUACAUUGAAUAUAUGUGUGUAUGUGUGUGUAUACAUAUACCGUUUAUACAGAAUAUUACAAACGCUGUUCAGUUUCUAAGUUACAGAUCUAUUAUUGAGACGCGAGUUUUGCGAAGUUCUGUUUGUAUCGAUCAAAAAAUAAAGACUUGCUACACCGAACUCGCUAUAGAGAUCUCGUCUGUUGAAAGAGAUGGAACAGCUUUUGGAAUAUUUUGUAUGUGCAUACUUACAAAAACAAUAUUAUUAUUAAAAUCCUAAAAAAAAAAAAAAAAGAAAAGAGAUUUCUUAGCCGUGAUGUUAAUGCCAGGUUAGAAUAAUAAAGUUUAAUGAUGAAAAAAAAAAAAAGUUUUUGAGAAGACUGGAUGCAAAGCAGAAUGCAUAUGUGAUCUUUUAAUGGGUGUAACUCUAAACCGAAGAAAUUGUAAAGAUAUGUAUAAAUUAAUUAUAUUAUAAGAGAAAAAAAGAUGAAAAAAAAAAAAA